AUGGCUCUCGAUCGUAUUGUCAGCUUGGUCCUGCGAGCGGCAGAGCUGGUCUUUGCGGCUAUAGUCGCUGGCGUCAACGGCGAAUACCUUCACAAUGCCCGCGGCGCAAGCUCAUGGCAACUCGGUCGUUUUAUCUACACCGAGGUCGUUGCCGCGUUGGGCAUACUCUUUUCUCUACUUCUUUUGAUCCCGUUCUCGAGCACUUUUGUCCACUGGCCUCUGGACAUUUUCAUGUCCAUCAACUGGUGGAUUGUAUUUGGUCUUCUCGUCGAUCUUGUCGGCACCUCUUGCGGUCGUGUCUUUGACUGGGACAACGUUCACCCAGUGCAUGGAGACCAGUGCGGAAAGACCAAGGCUGUCAUCGCUUUCAGCUUCCUCUCAGCUCUCCUGUGGCUUGUCUCUGCCCUCGUCGGCUUCUUCUGGGUCAGGAAGAGAGAGCGCACCGCACGAAGAGCCGAAGAUGCCCACCACAACCGUCGCCGAGGCCCUUGGUUCCGCAGCAGAGUUUGA